GCUUGUUUAGGAAAGAAGAUAACAUUCUUUCACAGUGGCGCUCCCCCUCCCUCGUGAUUCACGACUGACUUGUGAGUACUGCCGCUCUGAAAACCAGUUCGGGUUCCAGAAAACAACAUGGCAGACGAUUUGACCAUUCAAACUGGCAGAAAAGACGGAGGAAUUGUGAUCGACGAUGACUGGCCAGGUUACAGUUUAGAGCUGUUUAACUAUCCAAAACACUACUCUGGAGAUCUAGAGUGUGUUUACAUCCCACAUGGUGUCAUCAUGGACAGGACAGAGCGGCUUGCCCGUAACAUCAUGGGUGACCUGGGCGACCAUGACAUUGUGGUGCUAUGUGUUCUGAAAGCCGGGUACCAGUUCUGUGCCGACUUGGUGGAGAGGAUCAAAGCACUGAGUCGCAACUCAGACCACACUCUGCCCAUGAGUGUCAACUUCAUCCGUCUCAAGAGUUACGUGAAUGAUCAGUCCACAGAGGAUCUCCACAUCGUUGGAGCAGAAGACCUCUCUUUCCUGACUGGGAAGAACGUCCUAAUCGUAGAGGCUAUUGUAGACACAGGCAAGACAAUGAAGACUCUCCUAAAACACGUGGAGGCAUUCAGGCCCAAGAUGAUCAAAGUAGCAGGUUUGCUGGUGAAGAGAGUGCCAAACAGUUCAGGAUGUCUCCCAGAUUAUGUUGGUUUUGAGAUACCCAAUCGUUUUGUGGUUGGAUAUGCCUUGGACUACAAUGAGUAUUUCAGAGACCUCAAUCAUAUCUGUGUAAUCAGUGAAAGCGGGAAGCUGAAAUACAAGGUCUAAGAAGGGAUGAUUAUAGGAUUCUGCAGAGGAAAAGUGUUUCCACAAGAAGCUUGGACACUUCCCAUGAGAGCCCAUGCAGUGACAACGGUUAUC